AUGAACGAGAUGACACGACAGGAGGGAAGGGUUGCGUGCGGUGGAGGAUUUUAUGUUCCGCCUGCUGGGUAUACUCCAACAAUUCGCAGCGAUGACAUGGAGGAAGGGCAGUCGAUGCUCAGUGGUACGGCCAUGGAAGACGGAUGUUGGCAGCGAUGUGGCGAGCGGAGGGGAUUGCAACCUGCAGCGGUCUUGGUUGUGGCGAUGCUGUUGGGAUCGAUGCAGGCAGCGCAGUUGGCUUGGUACGGCCACAGGAGUCCGGUGGCAGUGUUGCCGGGCACCGCCUCGCUCGUCCUCAGCCUGUACGCUUCGGUCGUCACCAUGCUCGUACACACACUGCAGACCGUUCGACCUCGCUAUGGAUGGACGCAGGUGCUGGGUAGUAUCACCGCGAGCUGCGGUGUGCUCGUGUGCCUCGGCGCGGCACUGCAGCUAUCCGCCCUCGUAGCAUUUGCAAUCAACGCCGAGCAGAUGGUGCGAUACGGAGUCGUGGCCGCAGCCGCAGUGGGAAUCACAUCGACACUGGUGGCUGUUGCGUAUGCGCUGCUGAACAGCAAGGAACGAGACCCGCCAAGAAGAUAUCGCUCCGUGUCGUCGCACGCCGGAAUCCACAAACCCGACUACGGCCUCGACUCGGAAAGCGACGCAGAGCCAAAGAAGGACUGGACUCAGAGCGCCCUCGAGCAUCUGUUCGGCGGCUGCGGCUCCUCUCGCUAG